AAGCUGCGCGGCGAGUACGAGUCCAUGGUCUUCCACCUCGCCCAGCUCGUAAACGAUAACCUCGAGGCCCCCCUACGCGUCGCAAACGUCCGCAUUGAGGGCGCCCACAACACCCGCAAACCUUUCCUCGGCUGGCUCGUUCGCCCGUGGCUCUCCGCGCACUCGUCUUCCCUCCCGCUCCCCUCUUCGUCCGAAAACCCCUUCGCAAAAUCUAAUACAUCGUCACUGGACCCCUUCCCGCACCACCCGACGCUCAAGAGCGUGCUGCACACCGCCCGCGGAAUUGGGAGUGUCUUGCAGGACACCGACAUCUUCAAGUCCGUUGACGCGCGCAUCGAGGCGUCGCGUGAUCCACAGGCCGCACCGGGAGACGUUGACAUCGUCUUCAAGACGAGGGAGAAGGGGAAGUUCUACCUCAAGACUGCGACCGAAUUUGGACACAACGACGGAAACGCGAGUGCAACAGGCCGCAUUCGGAACGCCCUCGGCGGUGGUGAAACCGUCGAAGCCAACGUCUCGUUCGGUACGAAGACGCGCAGAGCCUACCACGCCCUCUUCGCCGUCCCGCUCUCACCCGACCUCCGCACCCGCGGUGAACUUUCACUAUACGGCCUCGAGCGCGACCUCUCCUCGUACGCGAGCGCCUCAGAAGGCCUACGCGGCAUACGAGCUGCCAUCCGCAGUGACCAAGGCGCCCUAGGCGUCCACGAGGUCGCCUACGACGCCGUCCUGCGGCACAUCGGUAGCCUGACGUCCUCCGCCUCGAUCAGCAUGCGCGAAUCCGCCGGCCAAACAUUCAAAUCAGCCCUGUCGCACAGCUGGACACUCGACACGCGCGACGCCGGCGCACGUAUCGCAGCCGCCCGCGGUAUGCUCGCCAAGUUCUCGCACGAGCUCGCCGGUGUGGGCCCUCUGGGUGGAGACGCAUCCUUCUACAAAGCCGAGGGCGAGACGCAGGCGUCGAGGGUGUUGUUCCCCGGUUUGUCGGCAUCCGUGUCAGCGCGCGCUGGUAUUCUCCACCACUUCACGGGCAAGAGCCACUUCUCGGACCGGUUCCAACUCGGCGGACCGCUCAGCGUGCGCUCCUUCCGCGCAAAUAGCUUGGGCCCGCGCGAUGGACCCGACUCGCUAGGCGGCGACCUGUACUGGGCCACGGGCCUCUCACUCAUCUCUGACCUGCCGUAUAAACCGCACUGGCCGCUGAAGCUGCACGCAUUCGUCAACGCGGGUCGGCUCGACGCCAUGGAUCGAACAAAAUCCCUCGCAGACAACGUCUCGGCAUGCGUACGCGCUCCCAGCGUCUCGGCCGGCGUGGGUCUACUGUACCGAUUCGACCCCGUGCGGGUAGAGGUCAACUUCGGAGUGCCGCUCGUUGCGUCGAAAAGUGACGGUCUAAGAAAGGGGGUGCAGGUUGGCAUUGGGAUUGACUUUUUGUAGUUUACCCUUUACUUUGGCGUGGUGCAUGCGCGGGGAUGGGUAUUGGACACAGCUAGAUAUUAUUACUAGAUUUGCCGCCUAGAAUACAAUCGCUAGAAAUGAGAGCGUUGCUCCAGCGACGCAUAAGGCGGGCAUAGAUUGUGAAAUGCAAGGGCAGUUGCAAGAUGAAUGUGUUAUUAGGGCAUGCAGGCGGGGCGCAGUGUGUAUAUGAGAGCAGUGAAAAAGUCUAGGGUAACAACCUUUACCGUGCGCGACAGACAACUUCUCCCUCAAGUCCAAGCUGAAGUGCCUCCCUCGCCUCGAGCCAUUCGUGCUCCUUCUCGGCCGUCCUGACCACAGCAAUCUCGCCCAUACCCAGCGGCUUCACGGUCUGCACCCUCCUACCCGAGCAUAUCCUCCUGAUCUCUCCGGUGUCCAUGAGCACGCGCUUGCUGGGCUUGCUGACGAGGCUCAUGCCAUUGAGAACAGCCCUGUCAUCCCUAUACUUGAGCUCUGCCCAUAUCCUCUUCUGGGACGCGCCCGCUUUAAGAAAGUCGGCGGGGGACGGGGAGGCGAUGGUGCCGCGAGUGAGGGAUGAGAUGAAGCCGGCGCGGAGGAGGAUGGAGAGGAUGCCGAGGUUUUGGGAGGUGUGCGGGACGGAGAUGCGGGCGUGUCUUGCGCGGAAAGAGUUUUGGACGUGGGAGCAGAGUGCCGCAGCCGAGGAGGACAUGGCUGUUGUCGACAUAUUUGUAGUCUUUUACUGACUCGUUAUAAUAGAGUGUUGGUCG